UACACAAUCACCCUCCACUUUAUCUCUAUACCUUCUCUUUCUUCAAACCAAGGUAUGCCAUCCAAUCCUCUUUGAUCCUAGUUUUCAUUCUUUUAACCAUAGGAGAAAUUCUCAAAUUAUGAACAGGAAUAAUACUGUGAGAGCAUCAGAAAUGGCGGACCACGAGAAGCCAGCCGAGGCCGAUACCAGGCCUGGCUCGGUCAAGGCGGCCGUCACUUCUUACCGCCAGCGAAUUAGCCACGGCAACUCCAAACUCAACAACUUCGAAACAUCAUUUCAGGAGAAGCCUUUCGUCAAAAGGAGAGAGCUCCAUUGGGCAAAGAGAGAUACUAACCUUUUAGCCGAGAGCAGAAAAAACGCUGAGCAGGUAACCGCUGAAGCGAGAUCUGAGCUGUUUGCUGCAAAGAAAAUGGCAAAGGAUCUAAAGCGAAGAAUUGAUGAGUCGAAUGCAAGAGCAAAAUCACAGAUGGAGGACUUGGAGAAGCUGCGAAUGGGUAAGCGAGAGGAAGAAGAAUGGGACAAUGCGAAUUUUGAGUGUGAGAAAGUGAUUACAGAAUUGGAAUUGGUGAAACGAGAGCUAAGCAAGCUCAAGAUGGAUAUGGCUUCCGUCAUGGAAGAGACGAGACGGGCAGAGAAAGAAAUGAAUGCAUCCAUUUCGAAAAGAGAGUCUUACUUGGGUUCAGUUGAAUCACUUUCCAAGGAGAUUGAGGAGGUCAAUGAAGAGCACGUACUGGUUGAGUUGGCCCGAAUCGAAGCCAUUAAGGAGUAUGAAGAAAUCGAAACUCAAACCAGAGAACUGGCGCAAAUCUACGCAUCUGCAAUACAGGUAUCUCAGAAGAAAACGCAAAACAUCAUCAUUGAUGAAACUGAAGUCGAAGCAAGAGUGAUGGCCACCAUGUCAGAAAUCAGUAUGUUAGAGAGUGAACUCAAGCAAGUUAAGGAAAUGAAAAAGGGAGUAGAAAAUAAGGAAAUUACACUGUAUCAGGAAGAACCUGCUGAUGGAGUGGAUUCUGCAUUGUUGUUAGAGUCGGUGCUGAAAGAGUUGGUCGCAACAAAAAAGGAAUUGGAACAAGUUAAAGAAGGAAGCUUCCAGUUUAUGGCUUCUAUGGAUGUCGUUCGGGAUGAGCUCACACAUGUCAUGGACCAAACGGCUCGAUUGAAGAAGGAAGAAAAGGAAACAGAGAUGUUUAUUCAAAGUCUCAAUUCAAAGCUGCUGAAAGCCAAAACCAAGCUGGAAGAAACAUCCGCGGCUGAAGACAAGGCAAAAGAUAUCAUAUCGAAUCUCAAUCUCACGCUUGAACAGCUCGAGUCAGAAGCUGAAACACACGAGAAAGAAAAGUCGCUCAGCAGCGAAGAAACUGCAGUUGUCAAGGCAGAAAUUCAGAAAUCAGAGACGGAGAUAGACUUGUGCGAGGUAAGAUUACAAGCUGCGUUACAAGAUCUCAAAGCUGUCAAAUCAUCAGAAGCAUUGGCUCUCGAGAAUCUGAAAUCUGUUAUUGAGAAGAUAGUAAGAAAUAGAGCUUCAGCCUCCCGGCCUAGCUCAACGAUAACUAUUUCCAAGUUUGAAUACGAGUACGUGAAAGGGAAUGCUGCUGGGGCGAAGGAGAUAGCAGACAAGAAGGUUGCAGCUGCUCAGGCGUGGGUUGAAGCUUUAAAGGCAAGCGAGAAAGAAAUUCAGAUUAAAGCAGAGCUCUUCAGAAGGGAAACUAGAGAGCUACAAGUGGAGGAAGAACGCGAGGUUCAUGAAACUGAAGGAUCAACAGAUUCAAAAAAGAGAGUUGACAAUGACUUUGAAAAAUGGAGGCAAAUGAUGGAGCCUGAAAAGUUGCCCUCUGAGGCUGCACUUCAUGUCAAAGCCAUGAACAAAAGCGUUAAAAGGACACCAACAAGACGAGGAAUGGCUCGGAGAUCCGCUUCUCCUGUUGUUCCUCGGUCAACUUCUUUCUCAGUCGGGAGGAGGAGAAAGGUGAUGCCAAAUCUAGCCAAGCUUUUUAGUGGAAAGCCCGUUGAGAGUGAUAUACAACCCACAUAGAAACUUCACCAUACCACUAAAUAAUGUGUUGCUUGGUAAGUUGAUCAAUUUUAGCUCCUUGUAUCUGUUACCAUACAAUAUUUCCUUACCAGUUUUCAGAGGGAGAAUGUUGUUAUCA